AUGCGAGCAUCACGAGUCACUGCAAUCAAAGCAAAGCGUCCACGUAAAGUUUCACGUAAGCAUGUCUCACAUCCGCGCUCACGAGGAUCUCCAACUUCUGGUGGCACCACAAAGAAGGGGACGACAGAACCCCUUGCACAUGAAUCCAAUACUGAAAAGAUGCCAAUGCCAAACAUACCAAAAAUUCUUGUGACGCUAGUAGAGAGUGAAAGUUGGCAGUCCUCGUCCAGCACUACACAGAGACGAGCGCCCUACACACAUAGCGGAGAUUCAAUGGGAACCCCAGGCGAGGCAACCGACACAGAUGAGGCUGUGGAAUCAGGUCAGAUGUCGGACACAUUGGACAGUUUAGAAUGUUUCACAGAUCCACAAAGUGAAAUGCUUAGCUGUAACGAUAAUCUUCGACUAAAGACACAAGUCUAUACGACUAUUGGAGAAGUAGGAAGAGCAUAUCCCGCCAAGGUAAAUCCGUUUACUCCAUCAAACUCUCUCUAUCAUAAGAUCAAGGAUACUUAUUUAAGUGAUUUUAAACAAAAUUCACAUCCAACCGUCCAUAAAUGUGGUGUUAUACCUCUAAGCACAAAAGAUGGUGCAUUGCCUCUCAGUAGUCACGAGGAGUUGUCGUGGAUUGGAUGGAAUUCAGCAAAUUGGCAUUGUCAAACCACUCCACAGUCAACAAGACAAAGAAAUGGAGAAGGUGUGAUGACCUGUUUGGCGAAUAAAGUGGACACUAGGUCAAUUGCAAAUCGUUGCAAUUCGUUAAGGCAUAAGCACGGUUUUCCUUCAAGUCAGACUCAACUAUACACAAUGGUCGAUGCUUCAGGCGAGAAUGAUGCAAUGAAGGUGACACACAUGUCACACGCCAAGCCCAAGGAGGCGGAUUUAAGUGAAACCGGUAGUAGAGCCAUCAUCUCUCAGGCCACACAUACCCAGGCGUCUGUAAAUGUUAAAAAGGAGGUGGAAAUUGGAGCAGGAGCUGAAUGUCAUCAAGCAGAUCGUGAGCCCUCAACAGUAGGCAGUUUAUCCACUCUACCUCCAUUCACCUUACCAGAGCAUUGUACUCAUCAAGAUUGUUGUGAUAGUCCAAAAAUUGUUUGUUCUCCAUCUCAUAAACCUGCCUUAGCAGGUGUAGUAACGACAGAACGAUGCAAUGAAAAGCUUACUUUGCCAAAUGAUGAAGUGUAUCUGCAGAGGAGUGAACUUUUUACGCCUGAAAUGAAUGAAUAUGAGGAUGAAAAAGACGAUUCAACACUGUGUAAUGAUCCACUCUUAAUACUGACCAGUUCGGAAUUUGUGGAAAUCAAAAAUUCAACUGGCAUAGCCCCAGAGAGGAUGCAGAGAGAUUUGCGAGAGGAUGCAGUUACAAUUGAAAGUCAAAUGCCACGUAAACGCAUGAUUUCUAUCCGCACCAAAACUACAAUAGAAGAUCAAAAGGAUCAAAGGACUGACACCUUGGACACCUCCUUCUACACAACUUGUUUAGCCCGCAAGAAGUGCCUAAUGGAGGAAAGGGAGUCAAACACUGCAUCAACUCAAAACUACAUUCCAUUUAGUAGUACUUUUGUUAAACAAUGGAGUCUUUCGGAGGAAUCAGUUCAUACAACUGUUGAAUUAAGUCCGACUUAUGCCAUGGAAAUUGUCAUUACCUCCCCAAGUUCAAGACUGCAGCAAUGCAUCGAAAAGGAUAUAAAGGCAAUCACACCUUUGACAUCAGUCAGUGUCUAUUCAAGAACUUGUCAAUCUGCAAUGAAAGGUGAAGCCUUCUCUGCUCAUCCAUUCAACUUUCCUUCACAUAAUCAAACUACGCUACAGUCAGGCCAACCAAUUUCUCUCACUUCAGUCUCAUCAUUUGAAUCCGAGUUGCCAUUGUCCGGCGAUUCAAUGGCCACACUUGCAUGCUUCAAAGAGAAGGCAGAAAGGGGUGAUAGGCUUUAUGACAAGAUAGCAACUUGUCAAUCAAAAGAGCUACCUUCACAAGCUUUAAUUCAUCCAAAAAAUGAAAAUUUAGCCUCAAUAAAGAAUAUGGUGGAAGUUUACUAUGACAUGAGCGUGUGUAUGACACCGGCUGGAUCCGAAAGACGUAGAAGCGGUUCAACAGCCAUCAACGUUUUAGUAGACUUAAAUCAAAAUACUUUUUCUAUGGCCGAUUUGGACAGCUCUAUGAUCACCUCUGAGAUGGAUGACAUUACCUUUGUGCAUGACUUUCAAAAUGUUGGCAGUCAAAAAUGUGGCCUUAAAAGAAUGAAACGGAAUGAGAAGUGUAAAAGGCAAAUUCAAUCGUCUCAAGCUGAUCCACGCAGAUCGCGUGUUCUUAGUACCUCAAAAUUUACACAAAAGCAUUCAAAAAUGCCUAGAAAGAUAUUUUACAAGGCUUCAAGAGGAAUGCAACGAAAACAUCAAGCUAAUCGCCUACCUGUGUUGAGUUUGGAGGGUGUAGCACCCGAGAAGAUUCCCCACGUCGGCAAAGAGGCCUCCACCACAACCACGGAGACAAUUCGAGGCUCUAGAGGGAUAACAGAAGCUUCAAAAGGGAUACGAUGCUUUAAACCCUUGAGCAGAAGAUCUUUAUCUCCCUUUCACUUACUACCGCCUAAGAAAACACAAAGUGGAUUAUUUGACAAUCACCUUGCUCAAUUCAAACGACCCUCCUCGUGGAAUAGCACCAUAUUUACUGGUCCCAAAAGACCUUUCAUAAAUUGCGCACGAAUUAAAAAACGACAAGCGUUGGCUUAUGAGAAGAAGGUUCAUCAGUUGUCGGCAGGACGACUUCUCAAUGAAAAUAACAAUGCCUCAACUCGGAUAGAGGGUCACUGGAGGUUAAAGUGGACACAAGUAGAAUUGUGGUGUCAAAAUUGCAACAUGAUGGUAAAAAAUACCUUCUCACCGUACAGAAUUCAAAGUGUCAAUCAAUUUAUCCAAAGGAUGGUGAAAUUGACUAAUUACAUAACACUUUUCCACCUUUUUCACUCCGUCCUUUCAUCACCUAUCACAGAAAGGCGGAUUGCCUAUUUCCAUCAAGGUGACAAGGUGGAAGGUUAUGAAGAGUUGAACUAUGUACUUCCUCACGUCUACACCAUUCUUUACUUUCACAAUCAAAGCAUUAGUUUUAAGUGGAAACAUUAUUUGGGGAUGAAGAAGAAGAAGACUGAUGGUCUGACACUUUUAAGUCCUUCUAUUCCUCCCCUAGUGUGUCUUUCAAUUUUUCCUCUCCUAUCAAACGCUCUGUGUUGUCAAAGCCUCCACGUCAACAGUGCACCAACAGCAUGUCAACAGUCAUCGAAAUCUUUCAUACAUUUGCCUAAUUUUGAUGUCAUUUCUGAGAAUCAAGAAGACAGUGUGGAGGUGGAGUGA